AUGUCUGAGCGAAAGGUUUUGACCAAAUAUUAUCCGCCAGACUUUGACCCGUCAGCGAUCGGACGCACGCCAAAGCAUCUUCGCCAAAAGGGUCCAAAGGUCAUCACGGUCCGGUUGAUGGCACCCUUCUCCAUGAAAUGCACGAACUGCGGCGAGUACAUCUACCGCGGACGCAAGUUCAACGCUCGAAAGCAAACACUUGAGGAGAAAUAUCUGUCUAUCCCGAUCUAUCGAUUUUACAUUCGCUGCACGCGCUGCAGCGGUGAGAUCACGUUUCGCACUGAUCCAAAGAAUAUGGAUUAUGAAUGCGAAAAAGGCGCAAAGCGAAAUUUCGAGCCCUGGCGCGACGCCAAGUCUGAAAAGUAUAAAGAAACAGAGGCAGAGACUCUGGAUCGGCUAGAGCGCGAAGAAAACGAAGAACAGGAACAGCUAGAGCGCGAUAAGAUGGCCGAGCUGGAAGAAAAGAUGCAAGACUCAAAGCGAGAGAUGGCGAUUGCAGAUGCGCUUGACGAAAUUCGAACACGCAAUGCGCGCAUUGCCCGAAGCGAGAUGAAAGGCGAUGAAGGAGCUUUGGAUCUGAUUCACAAUGAGCUAGAUGAGGAUAAGUUGCAACAGGAUAUGGAGGACGAGGAGACGGCGCGGAAGGCUUUCAUGACUGCUUCUGGCGAGCGGGUGAAGCGAAUCGUGGACGAAGAAGAACCGGCCCCAACUGGACCAUCGGAGGCGAAGCCUCUGCCUACUCAAAUGCCUCCUCCGUCCACAUCGUUCGCGCGAGUCAAGCGCCCAAAGAAGGCAGGCGUGAGCAGCCUGGGCAUCAAGAAGAAGCCCUCUCUUGUUUAA